CCUGGUGGACCCGAUCUCCAACCAAAAAGCCCUAAAAGAUCUUUAGAUUCCGUCAUUAAAAUACCUUCCCUAUUGAAUUCUCGAAUCGAAUCCACAAUCCCGAGAUUUUUUCCUCUGCAAAAAACCGUCCAGGAUUCGACUCCAAGCAUCGAAUUCGUGAGCCGAGGGGGAGAUCCCGGGGAAUGCACUCCCUGGAGACAUAGAGCAUCGGAUUCGCGCUUUGUUGUGGUGAGGUUUUGUAUUUUGGGGCGCAAAGUUUUGAUUUUUGAGGUGCUGGGAGGGCCAUGGCGGUGCACUUGGGGUCGGUGCCGAUCAAACUUGGGGUCCUCUCGGAGUCUGAUCACAUGUCGGUGGCGUCGAUCAAUCUCUUCGUGGCGCUGCUGUGCGCGUGUAUAGUGAUCGGCCACUUGCUGGAGGAGAAUCGGUGGAUGAACGAGUCCAUCACUGCCCUUCUUAUCGGGCUGGGCACUGGAGUGAUUAUUCUUCUAACUACUAAAGGAAAGAGUUCGCAUCUUCGAGUCUUCAGUGAAGAACUCUUCUUCAUAUACUUGCUUCCGCCAAUUAUUUUCAAUGCUGGGUUUCAAGUAAAAAAGAAACGGUUCUUCCGCAACUUCAUGACAAUUAUGCUGUUUGGUGCAGUUGGAACACUGAUCUCCUUUAUUAUUAUUUCACUUGGAGCAAUAGGAAUAAUUAAAAAAAUGGAUAUAGGUGUUCUGGAAAUUGGAGAUUAUCUUGCAGUUGGAGCGAUCUUUUCUGCAACAGAUUCUGUUUGCACCUUGCAGGUUCUCAGUCAGGAUGAGACGCCUUUACUUUAUAGCCUGGUUUUUGGCGAAGGUGUUGUAAAUGAUGCCACUUCAAUAGUGCUUUUUAAUGCAAUCCAAAACUUUGAUCUAGGAAAUAUUGAUGCUGUUACUGUUUUGAAGUUUGUUGCAAACUUCUUUUCUCUAUUCUUUACCAGCACUUUUCUUGGAGCAUUUGCUGGAUUGUUUAGUGCUUAUAUCAUCAAAAAGUUGUAUUUUGGCAGACAUUCUACUGAUCGUGAAGUUGCAAUUAUGAUACUUAUGGCUUACCUUUCCUAUAUGCUGGCAGAAGUGAGUGUCUUCUUUUAAAUCAACAAACAUAUUUAGAAACAGUCUGGCUUUCCCUUGUCUCCAUGAUGCU